AUGACUUCCUUCCGAUCUUCUGUAUGGGAUCCGUUGCUGCUCAUUAGUCAAAUGGUUUGUAUGCAGACAGUUUUCUACGCGACAGAAUGUAUUGUCCUUCUUGCGCUUAGCCUGAAUGGUUUUGUGCCAACUCUGGCACAUAUCUUCGCUUUACAGGUCCUUCGUACCAUGGUGGUUGUGCAGUUACUGGCAAGUUUAUCAUGUGGUUUCGCACUGACAGUUGUUGUACAACGAUCCAAACAGUGCUUGGAUUUCUCCUGUACUAUCCACGCAUUUCAUUUCCUCUUUGUUGUAAUUUACAACCACGCAUUACCUACCCAACCACUUUGGUGGGGAGUACAAAUAGCCAGCGUUGUGGUGUGCACGCUUCUUGGUGAAUUUCUCUGUAUGAGGGCCGAAUCACAGGACAUCAAACUUGGCCCUUCGUCCAAAUUUGAUUUGUAA